CUGUCUCUCGUCCAGUCACGUCUCCAGUUGUGUGUGUUUUGUAAUCAACGCGGAAAUAUAUGCAACCAGCCGAACAGGAUAUGGGAACACGACAGUGCGUGUGUUAAGAGAACGUUGGACUCAAAGGACCAUUCAGUGGAUUUUAAGAAACCACCUUAAAAGCUACAAAAACACGCCGACAGCCCCCUGUCCCCACUUGACUCCGUCCUGGCGACCAAUCGUUGCUAACCACGCUACGACGUCAGACUCUUGACAGCUUUUGGUUCUCGUGCUCAGGGAGUGUCUGAGGAGUGUAUCUCUGAUAAGAUUACACAUUAUAUCACCAAACAGCAGCAUGCCUUAGGACCUGCUGCUAACUGUGGAGCAAAAUACUUACUGUACACACUUGUUAAAGGAUUUCCCAGCAAAGUCAGAGAACAUGUGGAUGCCCAUGCUCGGAUUGACCGCCUUGCCCCAUCUGGGAGGGCUCUAUGGCGGCUACGUCACACGCAAAGAGGUGAAGACCUGGUACCCAACCCUGCAGAAACCAUCAUGGCGACCACCCAAUGCAGUGUUCCCUAUAGCGUGGACCUGCCUGUAUACAGGCAUGGGGUAUGGUUCCUACCUGGUGUGGAGAGAGCUGGGAGGUUUCACAGAGGAUGCAGUGGUUCCACUGGGACUCUAUGGGCUGCAGCUUGCCCUAAACUGGGUCUGGACUCCCAUCUUCUUUGGUAGACACAAGCUGAAAUUGGCUCUCAUUGAUAUUGUGCUUCUAACUGGGGCUGUUGGAGCCACAAUGGCAUCUUGGUAUCCCAUCAGUCGCACAGCGACACUGCUGAUGGCACCCUACCUGGCCUGGCUGUGCCUCGCUACUUCCCUUAACUACUGCAUAUGGAGAGACAACCCCGAGGAAAAAGAAGAGUAAAAGACAGUUCGCUAUGCUCCAAGAAAAUCUACUUUCAUUUUGGAUACUUUGAAUUUUCAUAUCCUACUGAUGUCUCCAAAGGUUGAAAUGGAAGUACUGGCCUGUCAGAGAUCAAUCAAUACAUGCAUUUAUUUGUUAAGGAGACUUGUUGUGAGUUUUCCACGGCACCUGGGAGGGCAGCACAUCAUGCCUGGGUGGUGGGUUGUUUAUGGCAAAGGAUAACUUCAGCGACUGCUCAAAAAAGCAUCAACUUAAAGCUCUAAUUAUCUGCUCAUUUGUUGUACGGCUUUAUGGUUAAAUUUAAUCUCAUGGUCAUACUUUUGAAACAAAGUAUUUUGUUUUCACUGACCACUGCAUUUUUUUUGUUGCAUUUUUUAUUCUAACAAUGCCCAGGUGCAUUUAUAAAAACAUUGUAUUAAUGUUACUACUAUAACCCAAUGAAAUAAAGAUCUGUCAAAUUAAUAUCUGUAGUCAAUACAUACAUCCUACUAAAGCAGGAACACUCAAUAGCCAACUUAUUAAGCACUCUACGGCCUUAUGUUGCGUAAAAUAAAGGAGUCACUUGCAUAAAGCAGACGCACAGGUUCAUAUGGAUAAACAAUAAACUUUAUUUCUAUACAUGCAAAGAAACCAGAAAAAUGAAAAUGAGAGGAAAAAGUUAUUUCUCAGGGGCCUUCUCUGGAGCUUCUUCAGGUGAUUUGGAGAAUCUCGUCAUCAAUGUCUUCCACAAACCCUUUUUUUCCUCAUCCAUCUGUUGCACACUCCCUGUACACAAAGACAGAGAAGAGUAAACUACAACCACACUGUUUCAUUAAUAAACGUGAGAUUCAA